AUGCUGACAGAAAAACCCCCCGUAAAGGAAUGCAUCGGCGUUCGGCAGUUCGAUACCUCUGAGUUUUCCAUUUUCAGAUUCAUUGUAGCAGCUGUGAACUGGGAGCGUAAAAUAUCGAAAGGGGAAUUGCAUGGGCUGGACGACUGUACCAGGAAUUUCCAGUUCUCAAGUGGCAAUGAGGGAUUCCUUUCGAAUCGCGAACGAUUCUCCGAGAAUGCUCUGUACGAGCAGGAGCAGUCGAUGACGAACUGCGCAACACUUGACGCCAUUUUGGAACAGAUCUUAUCGUUCGUCAUACGGGAUUUUGUUGAUUCAUGGUACAGUGGCCUGACAACGGAUCAUCUAUUUAAGGAAAGUUUAAAACGAAGUGCUCGGCGCACAGUUGCUGCUUUCUCUCAGUGCAUCCGGAAGAUGGAUUUCGUGCCACUAUUGACGCAACACAUCAUCGACGAUAUUGCAUCACAUUUUCGGCUUUUUCGUAAAGCGAAGGAGCGUGCACAAGUUCACUAUGGGAAGAGCUAUACAACCGAUGAUUUAGAGACGAUGUUUUUCGAUUUGGAGCUCGAGAUGGAG